CUGCCAAGCAUACCGUCGAUGGCUAACUUGCAUGUUGUAAGAUUUCCAAGCCCUGCCGAGUUUGUAGAAGCAGCCAAAGGCAGUGAUGAUGGUUUCAUGAACCUAGCAUUCGGAGUGCUCAUGGACAGCAUGAACGAGCUACAGAUACGAGUGCGAAGCAUCACAGAGGAGUCCAGAACGCUUCUCGCCGUAAAUAACGGUGACACUCUAGUUUUGGCCCUGCUCAAGGUCGCUGGCGAUGUCGACUGGAUUAUAGGCUGUCCGAGGGAUAGGGAGCUCGUUAGCGCAGACGCAGAAACAGCAAUUUCACUCCUGGUUUCCUUUCUCCCCUCCGUCAUCGACCCAAAGUCGUUCGACACGAUCUGGGGCCCUGAACCUCUGGUGAACGCUUUCAUAGACACGUGGGUCUCCGCCAUGGCUGCCCGCGGGCUGCGCAUAGAAGCCCUCCCCACGCGUUUUCGUGUGAAGCGCACUUACGCGACGCUUGCAACACUGCCGCCCUCGCCACCGCACCUGCCCUCGAAGUACAUCAUUGAGCUCGCGAACCCGGACGACGUGGAGCCGCUCGCCCACCUGCUCGUCGACUUCUCGCGUGCGGCGCCCAUUGUGACAUCCAUCGAGGCGGCGAGGGCGAAGAUGGACAUGCACGUGCGGCUGGGGGAGACAUGGGUCUGCCGCGAGGGGAGCGAGAUUGCGGGGUACGUUGGCGUCGGCCGGACGACGUUCCGGACCGUGGCCAUCCGCAACGUGUACGUCGCGCCGGGGCAUCGACGCAAGGGCAUCGCAGAGGCGAUGACUGUCGCCCUGAUGCGGUACUACCUCGGAGCUCGCCCGCUCGGCCUUGAGGGUGCGCCAGACGGACGUCCAGUGAAAGGCGUCAAGGAGGAGAUUUGUAUAGCUGUCGUGGAGGAUUUCGUCGAGAGGUUGUAUGAGAAGUGUGGCUUCUUGCUGGGCGAGCACGAUCAAGAUCCCGUCAGUGAGCAGAAAGGAUGGUUCGCUUCUAUUAUCCGAGGUGUCAGGGUCCUCGAGGAGUGAAUAAAUAUAAUCACGUUUUGUAGAUACUUAGUACUACGUCCGGCAAACCCAUGGCACAUUAUGUUGGAGCUGAACUAAUGGUUUCUCGAAAAGGCGGUAAGAGCACAUUGCAUGACGCAAGUUCGACAACAGCAACGAUUUUACUGACGAGAAGUACAGUACAUUCCAGUCACCAUAUGCAUUGGCCAUAAUGAUACUGAACAAAGCCAGCGAAACCCGUGUCAACAGAUCCGUCCUGCAAGUCGCUUUGCGGCACAAGUUCUUCGCUGUCGUCAGACAUUAGCUUCGCACCAGUCACAGACAAAAGGGCCCAUGACGCCAGUGUCUAGUGCACAAGGUCACAUCCAUCAUAGAGUGUUGUAUUCACAAAGGUAAAGGGACACAGCGACUUCGCGAAUCACACGAGAAAAGGAGCCUUAGAUUCUAGGAGCAUGAGAACCAGCAUGAGAACAUAAUAACGACCAGGGCGUUAUCUUGCAAUGCAACAGCAUUGUGCGUCAGAGCAGCGAGGGCGCGCGAGAUUGCCGUCAACAGCGACCCGAUAACGAUACGAGUAAGUUAGAAAGGGGAAGGGAGAGAAGAGGAUGCGUGCGUGGGGAAGGUGCACCACUCAAUGGUGGCGGCGGUGCAAAGGACGGCGCUCGGACCUGCGCUGGUUGUUGCCGAAGUUAACCUGCAUAGCAGGGGCACCGAGAAGUCCGUCAAUAAUGCUGCGGGUGGUCUGUGUCUGAGUGAAGUCGAAAUCGGUGAGGCGGGUGAUGGAGAUUGCAUCGGUCUGAACGUCGAGAACGACGGCGAUUGUCGACGUACUGCCGACAGGACGAGGGAAGUAGUUGCCGUUACCGGAGCCGGUCGCACCCUUGAACGAGUAGAGCUCGGUGAUGGCCUGUGGACUGUUCGUGGCGAGAGUCUCGGCGAUGUCGAGCUCUCCGCAGCCACCAUUGCCACCCACACCACGGCAGUUGCAGCCAUACUGCGCGGCACGAACAACCUGGCCAUUGAGCGCCCAGAUGGCGGGCAUAUUCUGGGGAUCAUCUGGCAUCUCGAAGUCGAUCACAAACAUCUUCGAGCCUGCCCAACCUUGAUUCGCAGUACCCCAGAAGAAACCGUCGCAGCCGCCGUCCUCGCACGCUGUUGCGGUCAUGAUGUUCUGUUAGGGAAACGCAUCAAGAGUUGACUCAACCGGCGUGAACAAUUAAAGACAUACCACUUCCUUUCCAGACUGCAGAUUGCCUGAGUAAAGCUGCUCGUUGGGCGUGGCAACUGCGGUUGCCCAGUCGCCACCAACGUAAGCCUGGCUAGAUCCACCGCAAACUGCAAGGUAAAUGGUAAGC